CACCAACUCACGCUGCACACACACCAUGCUCCGUUCGGCACUCGCUUCGACUAGGGCAAGGGCACGCACCCUGGCCCCAAUCCAAAGACGCACAUAUGCCGACUUGAACCGUCCCAGACCACCCCCGCUUCCAGCAGCCCAGCAGCGCGAGUUCGAAGAACUCCAACGCAAAGCCCAAACAAGCUCAGAACCCUCCCAUCCAGACGCACCCACCCCAGUCCAACCCGAGUUCGAGGGCGAAGUCAACCCUACCACCGGCGAACGGGGCGGUCCAAAACGCGAACCAGUAGGAAAGUGGACAGAGGAUGGCGGCGAUUGGAGCUUCAAAGGUCGCGUUUCCGACUUCUAGCGCUUUCUACGACAUAGUUUUGCGCCAAGGCGGGUUUAGUGGCCAAUGAAACAUGGACAAUGAAAAAAGUUGGGGUCCGAAUGUCGCUCACGCUCAAGAGUCCAGGGUUACAUGAAUUACUUGUCAACAAUUUGUGGAGCUUUUUGAACCCUCAAUCAUCCCUCUCGGAACCGCAACUCAGGGUACCUCCGAACAAGCGUCGCGUUGAAGGGGAUGGAGGUUAUUCAAAUCAAAUAAUACUACCAUUUCCAACCA